AUGUCUUUCUUCGGCUCUCGCACACCCUUUUCUCCCCCAUCCCCCAUACGAUUCCCAGACUACGACUACGCAUUCGACCGACCGCAGCCACGACCACAAUCACAACCCACCACGCCCCCGCCUACAACUCUCCCAACCCGGAGCGCCACAACGCCCAAGAUCCCAGCUGUCCUCACACCGCCCAAGGCCAACGAAGACCAAGGAUACUUCCCCGUCUACAAGGACAGGACGCUCAUCCGCCUAUCAAAAGAUCUGGAGCAAAACUUCCAAACCCAGGCCGCACUGCGAAGGGCGCAAGAGGCGAGGGCGGCGGCGACGACGAUGGGUGAGAAUGGCGAAGUGGUGGUGGUAGAGGGCAGGGAGGUGAAGAGUAGGGAGUAUAUACUUCCCCGGCGAAACUGGGAGCCUGUGGUGCGUAACGGUGUGGUCACGCGGCGGGAACUCUUUGUUUUCGGGGAGCUGCCGCGGCGGAAUGGGACGGGGCAGCGUGUACGUGAGGAGGCUGCGCCGAGGGAGUCCAUUGUGCAGGGGGAAAUCGACGAGUAUUCACGUGGCCUGCAUGCACAGACGCAGCGGGCGUUGGACCAAAAGCUGGAGAAUACACGAGGAGAAGAGGAGGGGGCGGAAUUGCAGAGAUGUGCAAAUGUACAAGAGAAAGGAGAGGAAGAGCAGUGGGAAGGAGAAACGGAGAUGCAGUCGACGCUGCAUGAGAACGAUCAAGGAGAGCCUUUGACAAUGGCGGAAUUCGUCAAGUUGAGUCCGCUACGAAAGGUGUUUGAAGAUGGCAACACGGCCGAGUGCAGACCACCACUCUCGCAACUAGAAACUGGAUUACUGGAUGAGAGUUAA